AUGUCUAGCAAUCACUUCAAUGGAACAUUCCAAUCCUCAUUCCUCCAACGAGCAUGGAACUUGACCCAGCUCACUCUCAAAAACAAUAGUUUAACGGGCCCUAUCCCUUCCUCUCCUUGCACUAAUUCUCCCUUUGUCAGGCUCUUCGAUUUCUCUUUCAAUGAUCAUAGCGGCCGAAUUCCUAGUGGACUAGGGAGGUGUUCCCAACUAGAGAUCUUUCGGGCAGGUUUUAAUUCUCUCUCAGGGUUUAUUCCGCAUGAUAUAUAUGGUGCAACAGCAUUAGAAGAAAUCUCCAUACCUUCCAAUAAUCUUUCAGGGUCCAUUAAUAAUGCAGGCAUCGCCAACCUUACAAAGCUUACCAACGUUGAGUUUUACAACAAUCGAUUGAGUGGCAAGCUCCCUGUAAGUAUUGGAAAGCUUUCCAAAUUAAAGCAUCUGCUCCUUCAUACGAACUCUUUCACGGGUUCUUUGCCUGCAUCGUUGAUGAAUUGCACGAAUCUCAUUCGAUUGAAUUUACGGACAAAUUAUUUUCAAGAAAAUAUCACCAACCUUAAUUUAUCGAGUCUUCAGCAACUCACAAUGCUCGAUCUCGGGAAUAACGACUUCACUGGCAAGAUUCCCGUAAGCAUUCACUCAUGCAAGUUUCUGAAAACAAUUCGGAUUUCUCGAAACCGACUCGAGGGGCAAAUCCCAAAUGAGGUGAUUCAAUUAAAAGCUUUAUCUUUCUUAUCACUUAGUUACAACAAGCUUACUAAUGUCACCGGCGCAAUCAAGAUUUUGAUGCAUUGCAAGUUUCUCGAGGUUGUUCUCCUUGGAAAGAAUUUUCAACAAGAGUCCAUGCCAACUGAUGCUAGCAUGGUUGGUUUCACGGGGUUUGAGAAUCUCCGAUAUUUGGAUCUUAGUUUGUGCCAGCUAACCGGUGAAUUGCCCAUAUGGCUAUCUAAGCUAAAGAAGCUUCAGACCCUUGCACUAGCAUCCAAUCGUAUCACAGGUUCAAUUCCCAGUUGGUUAUCGACCCUUCCAAGGCUCAACAAUUUAGAUUUGAGUUAUAACCUCCUUUCAGGUGAAUUUCCAAAGGAACUUUGUGCAUUGCCAGCAUUUUUCUCGCGUGAAAUGGCUCCCGAUGAUAUUAAUUCUUUGCUUUCACCAAUUUUUUUCUUAAAGAAUAAUACUGCUGGUCCGUUCAGUUGCCUCUCCAACGAAAUAUUACUUGGGCAUAACAAUCUUAGUGGCAAUAUCCCCACUGAGAUAGGAAAUUUGAAGCUUCUUCGUGUACUGAAUCUUGGCUAUAACAGUUUCUCAGGAAACAUCCCAGACCAAUUAUCAGAGCUCACAAACUUGGAAUAUCUAGUUCUCUCUUCAAACCAAUUGUCUGGUGAAUUACCAGCAUCACUUGCAAGUCUGCAUUUCUUGAGUUUCUUGAGCGUUGCCAACAAUAAACUCCACGGAGCAAUACCGUUAGGCACUCAGCUCCAAAGCUUUGAUGCCUCUGCAUAUGAGGGCAAUCCUGGACUUUGUGGCGUCCCACUUCAAAAGGAGUGUGGCCGUCCUACUAUCGGCAACAAAGACAAGGACACUCAUGAAGUGAAGAAAGAUAUUGGAGUUACGGUUCCAUGGUUUCAUGUUAUUGUGGGUCUCGGUUUCAUUACAGGAUUCUGGGGAGUGUGUGGUCCUUUGGCUUUGAGCCAUAGUUGGAGAGUUGCAUAUUUUGGAUUCCUAAAUAACUUAAAGGAUCGACUCUAUGUGAGACUGACUUUAUCUUUGGCGAGAUUGCAGAGAUCAACUCUGUAA